CAUCUUCUUCGCCCCUCCUCUCGAGUUUCAUCGUAAAGAAAUAUGCCUAGGUAUGAUGACCGACGCGGUGGCACUCGUUUGUAUGUUGGUCAUUUGUCUUCAAGGACAAGAUCACGUGAUCUAGAGGACAUGUUUAGCAGAUAUGGGAGGUCUGUUGGCUUUUGCCUAACCUGGAGGUCUAUGGUGAGAGGGUGACCUUGGUGGAUUUGGCGUGUCUUUCUAUAGUGUUAUUGCGUGUUUUUAGCGAAAUGGCAACAAUCUCAAAAGUGGUGUUUUUGGUUCAUCUGUAAGGGGCGAACUAUCAACCCUUCAAUAAUUGUGUCAUGAUGGCCUUACUGUUUCUGGCACCCGUUUACGCAGAGUACGUGAUGUGGAUAUGAAGCGUGACUAUGCAUUUGUUGAAUUCAGUGAUCCUAGAGAUGCCGAUGAUGCAAGAUAUGCAUUGAAUGGUCGAGACAUGGAUGGAAGCCGGAUGAUUGUUGAAUUUGCCAAAGGAGUGCCCCGUGGUUCAGGUGGAUCUCGAGAUUACCCUGGAAGAGGUCCCACUCCUGGGUCAGGACGCUGCUUCAACUGUGGAAUUGAUGGUCAUUGGGCUCGUGAUUGCAAAGCCGGGGAUUGGAAGAAUAAGUGUUACCGCUGUGGAGAACGAGGCCAUAUAGAAAGAAAUUGUCAAAACAGUCCAAAGAAACUAAGCCGCAGACCACGCAGUUACUCUCGCUCACCUAGCCCCUACCGUGGUAGAAGCAGAAGCCGCAGUUACAGCAGGGGACGCAGCGACAGUAGAUCAAGAUCACCUGUGAAGAGAGACCGAAGUUACGAGCGCGAGGAUAGAAUAUCAAGGAGCCCUAAGCGCCACAAGGGUUCUCCAUCACCAUCUCAAGGGAGGAAGCAUAGUCCAGCACCCGAUGAAAGAAGGCCCCAAGAGGGGGGUGGUCCUUCCCCAAAGGACCGCAGGCAUGCGAAUGGUUCGGAUUAUAGUGCAAGUCCUAGGGGAAGGAGCAGAAGCCCCGAUGCUGAUGCUGGGGCUGAGGAUGGGGCUUAUAGGAGCUCUAGGAAGGAAAAUGGCCACAGCCGCAGCCUUAGUCCACCCCCUAGGGAUGACAGGAGCCCUGUUUACGAUGAUGAUGAUGAUGAUGAUAAUCAUGCGUCUACCAGACGCGGUGAAUCAAAUUAAGGCAGGCGGUGGUUCAAAUUGGCAAGUUUUAGGGACAUUGUGUGUUUUCGCAACAACUUUGAAUUUUUGUUUUAUAUAUUGAUGGAUAUUUAAGGUGGUGUUAAAGACUAUAUGGAUUCAUCUUUUUUA